UUCUUUAGUUCAGGGAAACCGAAACUCAUCAAAAAAGGUUGUUGAGCAGUUGUGUGUGCUUCUGUUUCUGUGUUCACAUGCUGUAAUAUGGCUGAAGCCAGUGUUUUAUGGACUCAGGAACAGUUCAUCUGUCCAGUGUGUCUGGAUCUUCUGAAGGAUCCAGUGACCAUUCCUUGUGGACACAAUUACUGUAAAUCAUGUAUUGCGGACUGCUGGAACCAUCAGGAUCAGAAGAUAGUCCACAUCUGCCCACAGUGCAGACAGACCUUCACUCCAAGACCUGCUUUAAAUAAAAACACCAUGCUGGCUGAAGUGGUGGAGACACUGAAGAAGACUAAACUACAAUCUGCAGUUUCUGUUGACACUGGACCUGGAGAUGUGAAGUGUGACGUCUGUACUGGAAGAAAAGACAAAGCAGUCAAGUCCUGUCUUGUGUGUCUGAACUCUUACUGUCAAAACCACCUUGAACAGCAUGAGAAUUUUUUCAUAGGUAAGAGACAUUAUUUGAUGGAUGCCACUGGACAACUCCAGAAGAUGAUCUGCUCUCAACAUGGCAGACUGCUUGAGGUUUUCUGUCGCACUGACCAGCACUGUAUUUGUACAUUAUGUACGAUGGAUAGACAUAAAAAUCAUGACACUGUACCAACAGCAGCAGAGAGAACAGAGAAAGAGAGAAACUUAAAAAAAACACAGAUAAUAUACCAGGAGAGAAUCCAGGAGCGAGAAAAAGACAUUCAGGAGCUGAGAGAGGCUGUUGAGUGUCAUAGGCGAUCUGCACAGGCAGCAGUGAAGGACAUCGAGAGGAUCUUUACUGAGCUAAUGCGCUCUAUUGAGAAAAACCGCUCUGAGUUGACAAGGCUGAUCAGAGAUCAGGAAAAGGCUGCAGUUAGUCAAGCUGAAGGACUCUUGCAGCGAAUGGAACAGGAGAUUGCUGAUAUGAGGAGGAGACAUGCUGAGUUAGAGCAGCUUUCACACACAGACAAUCACAUCCAAUUCCUUCAGGGGUUUCAGUAUCUGUCUGCACCUCUUGAACCUACAGAGAGAAUUACUGUCACUUCACCUCUCUCUACUAAUGAUAUAAGACAAUCUAUCUGUCAGCUGAGAGAGAAAAUUGAGAAUAUCUGUAAAGAGGAGAUCCAAAAGAUUUCUGUUAAACACAUCAACAUCGUUCUAAGGACCAGAAAGGACUUCCUACAAAGUGCUCAUCAAUUCACACUUGAUCCAAACACAGCGAAUAAACACAUUCGUCUGUCGGAGAGGAACAGAGUGGCUACUUACACUGACACAGUCCAGCGGUAUCCUGAUCAUCCACACAAAUUUGAUGUUUAUUAUCAGGUGAUGUGUGGAGAGAGAGUGUGUGAACGUUGUUACUGGGAGCUGGAGUGGAAUGGUGAUGUGGGUAUAUCAGUAUCAUAUAAGCACAUCAGCCGGAAGGGAACAAAUACUAAGUGUUUGUUUGGAUAUAAUGAUCAUUCCUGGAGUUUGUUCUGCUCUCCCUCCAAAUACUCAUUCAGGCACAAUGAUUUGGAGACUGACAUCCCUGCAGCCUCCAUCUGCUCUAGAAUAGGAGUGUAUGUGGAUUGCAGUGCAGGAACUCUGUCCUUCUAUGGCGUCUCUGACACAAUGACCCUUAUCUGCAGAGUUCAGGCCACAUUCACUCAUCCUCUCUAUGCUGGAUUUAGGCUGUACAAUGGAUCAACUGUAAAACUCUGUGAUUUAACAUUAUAGAAUACAGAGACAUUGUAGCAGUAGUCCUGCCAUACAGUAACAGUGUCAAC